AUGAAAAUUGUGGUGAAGCUACACCUGCAACCCAAAUCCAAUUGCCAAAAGAAAGAAGACUUUUUUCUCUUACCAGAUGGGGCUAUGGAGGUCGAGAUCUGUGGAAGUUGCGGCUUUGUAUUUGACAUUGUGGCCGGCCGAGUCUACCCCACCCACCAGACUGUCAAAGACUACUUCUCAGAAGGGGAUUUUCCAAGCUGGCUACCUAAAUUCGACCUCGCAGACUGCCACAGGACGCUGGCAGAUAUCUGUAUGAACUACAUCUCCUUGCCUUUCAUUUCAAAUGAUUCCGGCUCUAAAACAAUCGGUGACUACAUGGCACUCUUUAGCAGUGAACGGAACGAUUAUCACAGCUGGUGCAAAGACAGCUUUGAGUUCGGAGAGUACGGAUGUUCAAACUGGAUUGUUCACUUCAAGGAAAGCUAUCGAGACUCAAGUUUUGAACUUGAAGACCUUGAAGCAUUGCUGCUAAACAAGAUAGCAUCCAAUUAUGGUCAUACAAUAGUAGCUUUGCCAACGGAUAUAUUUUGCUGCUCGGCCCUGCCAACCCACGUUUCAGCCCGGGUAUUUUGUGAUGCAAUUCAAGAAUUCCCUGAGAAGUCCUACUUUCCAGAUCCACCUGAAAUGCUGACUGCGUUGAGCCAAGGCUUAGUGGGAAAUUACCCCAAGCUAGGAGGCGUUGCAAAUCUCUUGUACGGUAUUGAAUUGGCCCGAACGGCCGUCCAAAAAACCCGUGAUGGUGACUCAAAGCUAGCCAGGAGGCUGGGAAUUCUGAGCACGGGAUUAGAGCUCAAAUAUUCUCGAUAUUAA